GCCUGGAGGAAAGUGCUCAUACCUAAAAAGGCGGUUCCUUGUGGUGAAGGAGCAAAGAAAGUUCCUGCUGCCCCAGGACACUCUAGAAAAAGUCUGACAGAGUACUUCCUAAAUGGCUCUACUUUGAACCUGCUGGGCAAGGAAAAGAUUUUCAAGGAAACCAUCUACCGUGUGCGAGCCCUGCAGGCCAAUCCCAGACCCCAGCGCGGAGCCCGGCGCCUGUGCCGGCCAAUCCCAGACCCCAGCGCGGAGCCAGGCGCCUGUGCCGGCCAAUCCCAGACCCCAGCGCGGAGCCCGGCGCCUGUGCCGGCCAAUCCCAGACCCCAGCGCGGAGCCAGGCGCCUGUGCCUGCCAACCCUCAGCACCCUCCUCGGAGAGGCUGGUGGCAUCAGGAAGCCCCUGGCCAGCCUCCACCUGAGCCCAGUGACCUCAGCUUUAAGGAUGGAGUCAGGCAGGGGGUCCCCAACCCCUCCAGGUCCCAUUGCUGCCCUAGGGGUGCCAGAUACUGGACCUGGCAGUUCCUCCCUGGGGAAGCUCCAAGCGCUCCCUAUCGGGCCCAGGGCCCACUGUGGGGAUUCCGGCAGCCCAGCUGCAGCAGGGGACGGCUCUCUAGACACGGGCCCCGCCGGAGAGCAGAGUGGCAGCUUAAAGAUCCCCAACCGGGACAGCGGGAUCGACAGUCCAUCCUCCAGUGUGGCUGGAGAGAACUUCCCCUGCGAGGAGGGCUUGGAGGCUGGCCCAAGCCCCGCUGUGCUGGGGGCACACCCAGAGAUGACCCUGGACAGCCAAGUCCCGAAGGUCACCCCCCUGGAGGAGGCCGACAGCGACGUGGGUGAGGAACCUGACCCUGAGAACACUCCCCAGAAGGCUGAUGAGGACGCCGGCCUGGCCCAGGAAUUGGCUACCCUGGGAGGGGUAGUCCCUCCAGGCUCAGAAAGGUCCAGAUGUCAGCACAUCAGAACACAGACAACAGAAGGCCUGCACUCUGGCCCGCAGAAGCUUCUCCACAUUGCCCAGGAGCUCCUGCACACCGAGGAGACCUAUGUGAGGCGGCUGCACCUGCUGGACCAGGUUUUCUGCACCAGGCUGACGGAUGCGGGGAUCCCUCCAGAAGUCAUCACGGGCAUAUUCUCUAACAUCUCUUCCAUCCACCGCUUCCACGGGCAGUUCCUGCUGCCGGAGCUGAAGACGCGGAUCACGGAGGAGUGGGACACAAACCCACGGCUCGGGGACAUCCUGCAAAAGCUGGCCCCGUUCCUAAAGAUGUACGGCGAGUACGUUAAGAACUUUGACCGAGCCGUGGGGCUGGUGAGCACGUGGACCCAGCGCUCCCCGCUGUUUAAAGACGUCAUCCACAGCAUCCAGAAGCAGGAGGUGUGUGGAAACCUGACGCUGCAGCACCACAUGCUGGAGCCUGUGCAGAGGGUCCCCCGGUACGAGCUGCUGCUCAAGGACUAUCUGAAGAGGCUCCCGCAGGACGCCCCAGACCGGAAGGAUGCGGAGAGGUCCUUGGAGCUCAUCUCCACAGCCGCCAACCACUCCAAUGCCGCCAUUCGGAAAGUGGAGAAAAUGCACAAGCUCUUGGAGGUGUACGAGCAGCUGGGUGGGGAAGAGGACAUUGUCAACCCGGCCAAUGAGCUGAUCAAGGAGGGCCAAAUCCAGAAGCUGUCAGCCAAGAACGGCACCGCCCAGGACCGCCACCUCUUCCUGUUCAACAGCAUGAUCCUUUACUGUGUGCCCAAGCUGCGGCUCAUGGGCCAGAAGUUCAGCGUCCGGGAGAAGAUGGACAUCUCGGGCCUCCAGGUGCAGGAUAUCGUCAAGCCAAACACAGCACAUACAUUCAUCAUAACGGGAAGAAAAAGGUCCCUGGAGCUGCAGACACGGACAGAGGAAGAGAAGAAAGAAUGGAUUCAGAUCAUCCAGGCCACCAUCGAGAAGCACAAGCAGAACAGUGAGACCUUCAAGGCUUUCGGUGGCGCUUUCAGCCAGGAUGAGGACCCCAGCCUCUCCCCAGACGUGCCUAUCAUGAGCACCAGCCCUCUGGAGCCUGUGGUGACCACAGAAGGCGGUUCGGGUGCAGCAGGGCUCGAGCCCAGAAAACUAUCCUCUAAGACCAGACGUGACAAGGAGAAGCAGAGCUGUAAGAGUUGUGGUGAGACCUUCAACUCCAUCACGAAGAGGAGGCAUCACUGCAAGCUAUGCGGGGCGGUCAUCUGUGGGAAGUGCUCCGAGUUCAAGGCCGAGAACAGCCGCCAGAGCCGGGUCUGCAGAGAGUGUUUCCUGACACAGCCAGUGGCCCCCGAGAGCCCAGGCCCCGAGGCUCCGGCUGAGCCCAAGCAGAGCACAGAGAAGACACCCGCUGCAGAUCCCCAGCCCAGCCUGCUCUGCGGCCCCCUGCGGCUGUCAGACGGUGGUGAGACCUGGAGCGAGGUGUGGGCCGCCAUCCCCACGUCGGAUCCCCAGGUGCUGCACCUGCAGGGAGGCAGCCAGGACAGCCGGCUGCCCCGCACCAUCCCUCUCCCCGGCUGCAAACUGAGUGUGCCGGACCCUGAGGAGAGGCUGGACUCCGGGCACGUGUGGAAGCUGCAGUGGGCCAAGCAAUCCUGGUACCUGAGCGCCCCCUCCGCAGAGCUGCAGCAGCGAUGGCUGGAGACCCUGAGCACUGCUGCCCGUGGGGACACAGCCCAGGACAGCCCGGGGACCCUGCAGCCUCAGGUCCCUAUGGGUACAGCUGCUCCGUGAGCUGAGUCUCCUGCUGCCCUGCACACCACCGCAUUGGGCCUGUGCUCUCCUGGGAGGUGGCGUCGGAGGCCAGAUGAAGACCGCCCUGGACUGCUGAGGGUGGGCCAACGGCCCAGAACUCAGGACACUUGGCUUUGGAGGGAAGGAAACUGAGGCCCAGAGAGGGGGCCACUGGCCAAGGGUCACCCAGCAAGUCUUGGCUAAAAGCCUGGCCUCCAGCCCCAGCAGUGUGGCCCAGAGCAGGGGCCACCUGCCAAAGUAACCAUCAUCCAUACAGGUCGUGUGGUGAUGCUGGCCCAGAAGGCAGAAGGAGGCAGCAUGGGCACUGCCAGGGACAGCCACAUCCGGCCGGUCUGCAGUGUGGUCCACCCCCGCCUCUGCCCAGCCUGUCUACACCGUGUGAGCUGAAUCAUGACUUGCUUCCCAGCUUCCUUCUCUGUCCUCUCCUGAGGUCCUCCCUCCAGCCCCCAGGAGGUGGACCUGCCACGUCCUGGUGGGACUCAUGGUUCCUAAAUAACUGCACUCGGAAGCUCUGCUAGGACUUACCCCAGCCACUGAGUGGCAGAUGCAUGAGAUUUGUGGCUGUUCCUGAUGCUGGUGGCACACAGUGCUUAUCUGCAUAAAUAAACACUGGCCACCGGCAGUGGCGCA